AUGCAGGACACAUGUGCCCAGGCCCUGUCUUCACCCUUCCCUAAGGAAUCACAACUUCUCCAUUGGAGAGUGAAGCUACUGGAGUGUUUUGUGAAGGGCUGGUUUCCAGAGACAUAGAAGGAGAAACUGAAACUGUUUCGGGAUCUGUGAGUACGAGAAGCCUUAGAAAUCAGGACGGGUGGAAACAGGGGAGUGGCUGGCAUGGCGUCAGGAAUCCUGGUGAACAUACAGGAGGAGGUGACCUGCCCCAUUUGCCUGGAGCUUCUGACAGAACCCUGCAGCCUUGACUGUGGCCACACGUUCUGCCAAGCCUGCAUCACUGCGAACAACAAGGAGUCCAGGACUGGCCAAGAAGGGGAGAGCAGCUGCCCUGUGUGCCGAGUUAGUUACCAGCCUGAGAACCUGCGGCGUAACCAGCUUGUGUCCAACAUAGUGGAGAGGCUCAGGGAGGUCAAGCUGAGCCCAGAGAUGGAGCAGAAGGAAAAUCUCUGUGCGCGCCACGGAGAGAUACUCCUGCUCUUCUGUAAGGAGGAUGGGAAGGUCAUUUGCUGGCUUUGCGAGCGGUCCCAGGAGCACCGUGGUCACCGCACGUGCCUCUUGGAGGAGGUUGCCCAGGAGUACCAGGGGAAACUCCAGGCAAUUCUGAAGAGGCUGAGGGAGGAGCAGCGGGAAGCUGAGAACUUUGAGAUGGAAGUUAGAGAAGAGAUCACUGCCUGGAAGCAUCAAAUGGAAAAUGAGAGACAAAAUGUCCAGGCAGAGUUUAAAGAACUGAGAGCUAUCCUGAACGAUGAGGAGCAGAAGGAACUUCAAAAGCUGAAGGAUGAUGUAGGAGGUAUUCUGCGUAACCUGGCAGACUCUGAGAAUGAGGUGGUCCAGCAGAGCCAGUUGGUGAGAGACCUCAUCUCAGAUCUGGAACAAUGUUUGCAACGGUCAAUGGUGGAGAUGCUGCAGGAUGUGCAUGGCAUCAUAAAAAGGAGUGAGACCCUGACUCUGAAGAAGCCAAAAACCUUUCCCAAGGGACAAAGGAGAGUGUUUCGAGCUCCUGAGCUGAGACAGAUUUUGAGAGCAUUUGAUGAGCUGAGAGACGUGCAACGCUACUGGGUUCCUGUGACCCUGAUUCCUCCAAAGCGUAAAUCAAAUGUUGUCAUUUCUGCGGAUGGAAGACGAAUGAGUUAUGUGCAUACUUUUGGACAAUCCAAUGCAUAUCUGAAUGGUGAUUAUCAAGACCCUGGUGUCCUAGGCUCCCCAUUUAUUACAAGAGGAAAACAUUACUGGGAGGUAGAUGUGUCACAGAAACGUGCCUGGAUCCUUGGGGUAUGUGAUGAAAACCAACAGAGAAAUUGUAUGAGACUUUUAUCCCAAGAACAUGAAAAUUAUCAACCUGUUUGCUUGCAAUAUCAACCUAAAUGUGGCUACUGUGUUAUAGGGUUACAGAAUUAUCAAUAUUAUGCUUUUGCCCAGUCUCCCUCCUCUGAUCCCUUAAAGAUACCCCUCUCCCUGAGUGUUCCUCCCAGGCUUAUUGGGGUUUUCCUAGACUAUGAUGCUCGCACUGUCUCAUUUUUCAAUGUCACAAACAACGGGUCUCUCAUCUAUAAAUUCUCUUCGUGUUCCUUCCCACAGAAACUGUAUCCAUAUUUCAAUCUUAUGAAAUGUGAGGCCCCCAUGACUCUGUGCUCGAUAGGCUCCUGAACCUUCUUACACUCACACCCACUUCUUUCUCCUGCCUCUUCUUGUGCGUGCAUCUAACCUGCCUGAGCUCAUCUGCACCAUCCCUCCAUUUAUCUUUCUUCCAUCUACUUUUUUUCCCAUUUGAAUAUUUUUCAUUCAUCAGUUAGGCUAUUCAGCUGGCCUUGUGUCAUAUUUUUUGGUUCAAUAUCAUGUCUGGAUUGAGAGAAAAUCUUAAUUCAUCAUUUUCCAUACCCAAAGAAAAAGUGAUUACUGCCGUACAAAGAAGGAGCAGUCCUGAUGGAACACCUCUGCAAAUUUUUACAGCCUCAUUUCCUUUGGCACUGACCAAGAAGAGGAAGGGAUGCUUCUUAAAAACUUCAUAUAUUAUCAAAGCCCUUGUGUUUACUUUUCAUUUACUGAAGUGUGAUCCUGAGUGGUGUCUCAGUUUACCUAUAUUGUCCCUUACUCCCCAAGGAAUUAAGGAGAAAAUAUCAUAAAUAACAUGUACUAAGAUUGGAAAUUUUGUGUCCAGAGUAUGUGACUUCAAGCCCUGUCUCUCCGCAUAUGAGCAGUGAAACCUUGAAAAACAUACUAGAACACUCUGUUUAUUUUCUUAAAAUGAUCCUGGUAUAAAAACUGCACCAUAUAUAAGAUCAUUGUGAGUAGAUAAAUGUUAUUUAUUAUAAAGCAUUUAAGCUUCUCAACUUCACAAUAAAUAUUAGAUCUGUUAGUUACUGAGAAAUAUAA